CAAGAAAUUCAUGGAUAAUUAUGUACACUAUCGACAAACAAGUAGUCGAGAUGCAAUGUGAUGAGGUUAGGAGUGCGUAUGGUAUCGAAAGCGGACGGAAGGGGUGCUCGAGAAAAGUAUGCACAAGCGGAUGGUGGUACAACAGAAGCGACAGGAUAGUGAGUUGUAGAGACGACGAAAAGCGAUGA